AUGAUCAUUGAAGAAUUUUCUUACCCUCAUAUUAAAGAACAUAUUGAUAACUAUAAAAAAAAGCUAGAAAUCCUAUUAUUAAAUGAAUAUGAAUUAUUAAGCUUUAACGAACUUGUUAAUUUAUUAAUUGGUGAUAAAAUUAUUCAUACUCUUGAUGAAUUGGAUAAUGCUGUCAAUGAAUUACCUAUAUAUCCAGUAAUCGAAGGUCGAGUUACUUCUCUUAUUCUAGAAAAUGUAGAACACCUUUUAUCACAUUUUAAACAAACCAAUGAGAAAGUUCUGAAAAUGAUGGAAAGUGGCAAAAAUUCGCGUGAAUUGGAGUAUAUUAGGAUAUAUAGAGAAGACGAAUAUAAAUUUUUGGAAUAUGCUGUGGAUGAUUUUACGAGAAAACGUGAUUCUUUAUUAUCAGACGAAUACAUAAUGGAAUAG